GGAAAAUAACAAACCACUCCAGUAUCUUUGACAAGAAGAUCUCAACUGGGAUCAUGAAGAGUUGGAUUUAAUUAAAAAUGCCUGAACAACAACAAUAGUCCAAUACAAUAUCCUUGCGAAUUUCCUUUAUUAUCAUAGGAUCACAGAUUUAGAACUAGGAGGGACUUGGGGGAUCUUUUAUUUCAAAGGUCUCAUUUCACAGAUGGGGACUCAAUUUCCUUUUGGGUAAAAUAAGGGGAUUGGACCACAUGUCCUUUCCAGAUUUAAAUCUCUAAUACAAUGAGUCUGUGAAACAGUCUCCCAAAGCAAAAAUAAUUUGUUCACUGCCAUACAUAUGGGAAGGGGUACAGUGAUCUGCAAACAAUGGAGUCUUCAUAAAGAGUCUCGUUGAAUGUAUUGAGUAAUUGCUUCAUUUCUUCAUUUCUAAAUAGUGGCACAUUGACAAUACUUAAAAAAAUAAACACGAACGAGAAUCAUUAGGGGAAAAAACAAUAAACAAGAUAACAUAGCGGGACACAAUACAGAGACAGGUGGCAGUUAUUAAGCAGAUGAUGGGAAAUAAGUGAAUUUGUUUCCGUUCCCACAUCUGGGGUGCUAAAAACUGUUAGAAAACCACUGUUUUCUUAGAGGGAAGCCACUUAUAAGAGACAUUUUAUGGCUUCAGGAAUUAAGAUUAAGGGCAAAAGUAGGUCCAUGGGUAAUAGUACUAGCUUGGGCUCAUGCAAGAAUCAUUAAUUUUGUUUAGCAUAGUAGCUUGGUGUGGUAGUGGCCUUAUGGGGAUGGUUUAGAAGCAGCAUCUGAAAAAGGUAAGUUUAUUAUUAUGGCAAAUGUAAUGUUUCUGCACAAACUGAUGAAAAAUUUGCCCUUGGGGACCGAAGCUGAAGAAGAAUCAAUUUGAUGACGGAAAAUUACUGUCAGAUAUAUUCCAGUCAAGCAAGCCUAGAAACUCUGGUUGUUUUGCUUCCCAGCUUGAGUGCUUAAGUGAGAAAUGCAAAUCUUCCCAAUGAAGUGUAGCUAACAGUGCAUAAAUCUCAAGAAGACAGUAGGAUACACUUAUUAAAACUUGGCAAGGAUCAGAAAUGAAUGACUUUUUCUUUCUGAAAUGCCAGCUUCCUUUUUUCUUCCUCCUUCUUUUAAAGAUGAGCUUUUCCCUGGGCUCCAUCAAUUAUAAUAAUGGUUUUCUCACAAAAUUGGCACCACUAACCUAAAAGCAAAUAAGCUGAGAAAUUAAAUGGAUUGCAAAUCAACAUUGUGACAAACAUAUUAGCGAUUUUUUGAUGAUUUGAAAGCGUGCUCCAAGUUAUUUCUGUAUCUGUGUUGGAAUAUUGAUGGAAAGUAGUGAUAAAGGAAGAAAGAAGAUGAUGGUAAUGAUUGAAAAAGCUUGGCGAGUGGAGCCUCAGGAGAUCCUUGGGUCUCCAGGAUGUUACUUCAUGGAAGGGGCAAGGGGGGCAGGAAGAGUCUCUCUGUUGAUGUGCACCUAGGAUUGUUGCAUAGUGGGGAUCAAUGCUUCCAUGCAGCUGCUUUCUGGAUUCAUGCAUGGCUGACGUUUAGGUACUCUGCUGCAGCCAUUCUCUCUGACUGUCCCCAUGCCUGAAUGUUCUUUCUCCAUUCCAGCCACUGAUCUCCCUGGCUUCUCUUAAGUCCCAGCUAAAAAUAUACUUUCUAUGGCAAGCUUCCUGUAACCCCUCUGAAUUUAGUACCUUUCCUCUAUGAAUUAUUUCUCAUUUAUGCUACACAUAGCUUGCUUUGCAUAAACUUGUCUCCCUACUUAGAUUUCAAGCUUUAAGGACUGAAAUUGUCUUUUAACUAUUUGUGUCCCCAGAGCUUAGUACACCAGCUGGCACACAGUAGGAGCUUAACAAAUAGUUAUUGAUAAUUGAUUGAUUGAAUAAUGAGACAAGCUAAGGAAGAGAGAGCAAGUUAUCCAUAAUCUCUGGAGUCCUGCUCUCAUUUCAUUUAAUAUCAAAGUAUCAUAAAUUAUAAAUGGAAGGGUAAGAUGGGUAGGAAAUGUUUGAGACUGGAUUUUAAUUCAGUUUUUCACCACUUCAAGCCCAGUGCUCUAACCACUGAACUACAGGUAUCUCCUCCCAUGCCCCCCCCCCAAUAAAGAGGACUGGGAAAGUAUUUUCUAAGGAAAUGGCCUAUCUAGUUCUUUAUCAUCAUAACACAUAGACAGACAUCUACUUUACUUUCAAAGAGUACCAUCUCUCCCCCCAAACCACGUGGAUUUCCUGUUUUAACUAGGCAAGAAACUGAAUCUUUCAUAUGCCAUAUAAAUUAAUCCCAUGAACUGAUUGUCUUCUUCCACUUGUUUGGCAUUAACUUUAUUUUUUCUGUAUUUGCUUAAGAAUGCUGCACUUGAAGCUACAGCCAAGAGUUAUGGUACCCUGGAAAUUGAAGCAGGAUGGAAUUAUUACUGUGGUACCAUCUGCUUUGUGUGCAUCUUAGCUUCAUGAAGUUUUAGAGAUUUAAAAGUGUGCUAGAAGAAAGAAUACUUCUAUCAACAGUCUACUUAAAGGAUAUAGGUCAUAUGCCAUAAGAGAUUUCAGGAAUCUGAAUACUUUGGAGAAGAUACUAUUUCAUCAUAUAUCAUGAACACCAAUGAUUUUAUAGUUCUUCCAUGGGGAAAAUCUGGAAACUCUGUAAAAUUAAAAGCCAAGAAUGUACGAGAACUGCGGUUAGAGAAAGUACAGUUAGAGCUGGAAACCCAAGAGAUGGAGAAGAAACUUCAGCAAUUACAAUCAAGCAUGAGCCGAGAGAAAGAAGAAAGAGAAAGGUCAAGUGGCUUUCACUGGAAAUCUGGACAGCCGGGUAAAUUGACUAAUCAAUCACAAGCGAUGUCACAAAAUAAAGAAAAUGUUGCCAAGAUUUCUCCAGGAAAAGUGAAAUUAAGAAUCCUGAAGGAUCAGAUUCAAGAACUACCAAAACAAUCAUUUAGCUAUAAAGCAUCAAACACUUGUACCCAGGAUAAAGUGAAGGCAAAGAUCAAGGUCUGUGGACAGUGUGAGAACAAAUAUGCAUUACUAGUUUGCCUUGAAUGUGGAGAAGAUUACUGUUCAUCCUGUUUUGCUAGAAUCCAUCAGAAGGGGGCAUUAAAGCGCCAUCGAACGACUCUUUUACAGACGAGAGCCCAAAUUCUAUCCAGAUUGGAUAUUGCCCAUCGAUUUUUAAAGGAAAUUUAUCCUGAAGAAGCUCAAGACAAACAAAAUUUGAAAAAAGAGGUUAGAAAAAAUGAGAAAGCCCCGAAAACAACAUCUCAGCAGAUCAAUGACUCUGAGGUAGAUCCUACAGCAUCACAAAAGGCUGAAUUAACAAAUGAGACUGGUGGGCUCCUGCUUCAAGGUUCAUUUGAUGAAGAGGAAUCAGCUAAUUCAUUUCAAGAAAUUUUAUCUCAGUGGAGAAACAGCAAUCAGGAAAACAAAGAGAAAGAAGUUCAUCAGGAGGCUGAAAUCUCACCAGGUAGAGAUUCAUUUUCACAAAAUUCAGAGCAAAUGGAAGCAUCUGAAGCACAGACAAAUCUUAAAAUUUGGAGAGAACCACUUAAAAUUGAAUUUAAAGAAGACAGCCUAACUUAUGUGGAAAGAUUAUGGCUUAAGAAGCAUCGAAGGAACUUACUCCAUUCUGCAAAGAGCAUUUCCCCAGAGAAGGAAAUCAGCCCAUCUCUACCUAUUAGUGAGCCACCUUCUCCUUUAAUAGCUUCCACUGAAGAGAUGGAACUAAGUGAAAAACAUGAUAUCAUUGAAGAUGAAGAGAUAAAACCAAAUAAUCUGGCUCCUUGCUUACCAGAACAACCUGAAUUAGAGAAACCUGAUUUAGCUGUAAAGAUAGAAGAACUGGAUGAUAAUUAUGAAGAGGAACCUGGAGAAUCAGGGAGUUCUGUGCCUUACAAAGUUGAAUUAGCCAACACUGAUUGUCAACAAAGUUGGGGAAUGGAUGAAUAUCAGAAGACUAAUUUUCAAUUUGGAAAAGGCAUACCCUUUUCACUGGCAAAGGCCUCACAUGCAGUUCAACGGCUUGAAAAUUUAACAAGGGAAAAAGACCUGCUUUCUCAUUGCAGCAACAUCAUCUCUUCAUCCUCCAAAGAGAAUUUGAAAGUUUCAUCACCAAGAAGUUCAACUCCAGAUAUUUCUAAAAUAACAGAAAGAAUGGCAGCUGUUUCCAGUGAAAAACAUAUAACCAAAAAGAAAAGCUUUUUAUUGGAAAAUAGAAAACCUGAUGAGAAAAUCUGUGCUUCACAUCAAAGGACCCUUUACCACUCUAACUUGGAUUUAGGAGAUUCCCAUAGUGAAAGAUCGACCUACAAUUGUAAAGUUUCCCUGCAAGAGAAGAGUUUUCAAGAGAACAAUAACUCACAAAGGCCUAGGUCCUCAAAGCCAUCAAAGUUACAAAAGAUUGCCCUCAGAACUAAGCCUGUAAUUGAACAAUAUCAAGGACUUGAGAAAUUCUUUAUCUUUGGUAAAAACCCUUUUAGGGAAAGGUUCAAAUUGAGUCUGGCAAUGAGAUCAGAGAGCAGCCUUUCCAACAGCCGGAUUACACUUGCAGGCCGUCCUUCCCAGAGACCAUUAUCAGCAAAUAUACCUCUGUGUAAAACAGUUCUUUAUGGCUCCCCAAGCUAUAUGUCUCUGCAUGAAAGGCCAAGAAGUGCAGUUUCUCGGCCGGCCUCCAGAGCUACUUCGGAAAUUUCAGAAAUCGAAUACCUUGAUAUAACUGAUCAAAAUGAACCUUUCCUUGAAGAUGCUGCUGAUCAUCAAACCUUAGACAGUUUGGAAAGAGAAUUAAACACAUUAAGGAAUCUUUCAGAUGCUCCAGAAAGACUUUACAGCUUAAACCCUGAAAAGUUAUCAAGCAUCAACAGACAUUUAGAGAAGAUAGGUAAGACGAUGACAGAUGUCCCUAAGACAUCAGAACUAAAGGACUCGAGUAGACUUGACAUUUCAAGAGACAAUGAAAUUCAUUGUCACUUGUCGUCUUCGGAAAGCAGCAUAGAUGAUGAAGAAGAGAACUCUCUGGAAAAGCAACAAGUCAUUGCCCUACACUGACCAAAAAGAAGUGUCUGAUCAGAAUGUCCUUAUUUUUCCUUUGUGUGUUCACAGAGUAAAGCAAAUAUGAGGCAAGAUUUAACCAAUUGAAUCUACAGACUGGUCUUAGCUAGUAAAAAAAAAAUUAAAAAUGGAUUCUUGAUCUCUCUUUUCAAAGCCAACAUACCAAUAAAAGUUACUGAAAAUAUAA